CUCGUGUAUACAGAAAAUAAAUGAGUGAAGGAAUUCUGAAGUCUCAAUCUGCUGUAAGAUUCUAGGCUCUACCUUUUUAUGCAUGAGCAUCUUCCAAAUUCCAUCCACACCUUCACCUUCACCUUCACCUUCCAUAUAAAUGAUAACAAAAACCUACGGUUUUUAUACCUUCCUUUGUUUCCAUGGCGUCAACAACUGAACCCCAUAACCAUACCUUCAACAAUCUCAUCUCCAAUUUCAUCCAAUCAACAAUCUCUAAUUUCUGUUUUUUCAUUCACCAUAAACCCAAGUCAUCCUCUUCUUUAAUACCCAUAAUUCCUACAAUUACCAACUCUUCUGGUUCAUCUAAAGUUUUUCUCCCACUUCCUCUCCCUUUCACUGAGUCAACUCAGAAUGACUCGUACCCUUCCACUAGUUCCAUUCACCGUCCUGGACAACCUGAACCCGGGUCGGGUUUCCCUUCAAUGGUCCGAAUUGGAGGGUCAAGGUCUUUUGGAAAUGGUGGCAUAGGUGGAAACGGUGGGCCUGCUUUUGUUGGACAAGUUUUUAGUAUGUGUGACCUCACUGGGACUGGUCUUAUGGCUGUUUCUACUCACUUUGAUAUCCCCUUUAUUUCAAAGAGAGCACCGGAGUGGAUGAAGAAGAUGUUUACAGCUGUAAUAAAGAAUGAAACAGGUCCUGUCUUCCGUUUUUUUGUGGACCUAGGUGAUGCAGUUUCCUACGUUAAAAGGCUAAACAUUCCCAGUGGCAUCGUGGGUGCUUGUCGACUUGAUUUAGCCUAUGAACAUUUCAAGGAAAAACCCCAUCUUUUCCAGUUUGUUCCAAAUUCGAAGCAGGUGAAAGCAGCUAGCAAGCUUCUAAAAGAAAAAAAGAAAGUAGGUGGGGGACGGAUUAAUGGUGUUCCUGUUUUCUCUGCUCAAAAUUUAGAUAUUGCAAUAGCAACUCCUGAAGGAAUUAAGUGGUACACACCUUAUUUUUUUGAUAAAAAAGUUUUGGAUAACAUAUUAGAGGAAUCAAUUGAUCAGCAUUUCCAGUCUUUGAUUCAAAGCCGUCGUGUGCAACGGCGGCGUGAUGUUAUUGAUGACAACUUUGCAGCAGAUAUCACCGAAGAGAGUGCAGAAAGCAUAUGGGAGCCUGCAGAGGUUCAGGAAAUAAUGGAUGAAAUGGGACAGCCUGGAAUACCAUUAAGUGUCAUAUCAAAGGCUGCAGAAAUGCAGCUCUUAUAUGCUGUUGACAAAAUGCUUCUCGGAAAUAGAUGGUUGAGAAAAGCAACUGGGAUUCAGCCAAAAUUUCCAUAUACGGUGGACUCAUUCGAGAGUAGGAGUGCUGUUUCUCGGUCAAGAGCAUUAAAGAUAGCUACCUGUUCUGCAAACUCAGAAACGGAAAGCCUAAAUGAAUUGCCAGAGCAGAAUGUUUCUGCACAGGCGGGACCAGAAAUUAAAGAGCAAGAAAUUUUACAGCCAGCUAAUCCCUGUGCUUCAUGGAGAGAUUGGCUAAGACCACCUUGGUUAAAACCCAAAUGCAAGACCAACAAAGCGGAUGAUUCAAGUUUUGUAGAACCAUCGAGAGGUUAUUUGAAAGAAGAGCUUCAAAAUAGUCCGCUUCUCCCAAGGAUUACGAUGGUUGGUAUUGCUACAACUGAGCCAGGACAAAUGAAUAAAGCCACUAUAAAGAAGACCAUGGAAGAUUUAAGCAAGGAAUUGGAGCAGGAAGGCCAUGACAACUCUGCCUCUAAGAACUCGGGAAAACAUUUCCAUGAGGAUCGAGAUCCUCUUUUCGUAGCAAAUGUUGGGGAUUAUUAUUCAAAUAUGGGAACAAGUUCACCUCGAUGGCUACGUGGCACACAGAUAAAGAUUUAAAAGAUACCGUAAUUGAUUGUUCUGCGUUGUUUACAUCGUGUAGUUUGGUUGGUACGACUCAUAACACGCAAAGCGACCAUAGUAAUCGCUCUUGGGCUGCUACGAAUUGCUGCGGUAUUUAAUGUCAAGAAUGAAGGUUUGCGGUAGAAUACUUGAAGUUAGUUGUAUAAAAUCUUACCGAAUCGAAAUUGUUAAAAAUUUCGUGCCUCAAAUCGUUGAUGAGAUGCAAGCUUAGGGUGUUAUCUUGUUAGGGAUCAUGUACUAUAUUUUAUAUUUACUUGUGUACUCAUUGUUGUACAAGAAAUUAAGGAUAUUUUAGUAGAUUGUAAGAAAAAGUUUUAUAA